UUCAUUUUCUCUUUUUCUAUUCCGAUUUGUGUGAUGGAGGAUGAACCUUUUCUGAAAACCUCCCAAAUCACAGAGCGUUGCGAUUUACCCUUGGCAGCUUCCAAAUCCUUCAACUAUGUUACCACGUUGCAGGAAGCCCGACGAGAACAAGAGGUAGUAGAGACAGAAACCUCAUCUGAACAACAACAACAACAACAACAACCAUUGCAUCCGAGGAAGAAACUGAGUCGCUGCAAGACUGCCCCAGCCAUGGUUGUUAUGCGAGACCUCAAACCCAAGACACCCGAAGUUCCGAAACCUCAGAGUAAUAGCAUAAUAAGACAAGGCAUUUGCUUGCUUAUCAUAUACCUCUCUGUAGGAGUUGCCAUAUACUCUUUCAACAGAGACAAUUUUUCUGGCAUCGAAACUCACCCUGUAAUCGAUGCCCUUUACUUUUGUAUCGUUACCAUGUGUACCAUAGGUUACGGGGACAUAGCUCCUUUAACCCCAGUUACAAAGGUUUUUGCUUGCGUCUUUGUGUUGGUGGGGUUUGGAUUCAUUGACAUACUCCUUAGUGGGCUUGUAAAUUUCGUCCUAGAUUUGCAAGAGAAUAUGAUCCUAACGGGACUCCAAAUGGGUGCUCGUAGAGGUUUCUCAGCGAGGAAUUACAUUGUUGAUGUGGCAAAGGGUAGGAUGAGGAUCAGAUUGAAGGUUGGUUUGGCACUUGGUGUUGUGGUUCUGUGUAUUGGGAUUGGGAGUUUGGUGUUGUAUUUUGUUGAGGGUUUGGAUUCGGUUGAUUCCAUUUACUUAUCGGUUAUGUCUGUUACAACAGUUGGUUAUGGUGAUCGAGCCUUCAAGACCCUUCCGGGUCGGUUAUUUGCAGCUAUUUGGCUGCUCUUUUCUACAUUGAUGGUGGCACGGGCAUUCCUCUAUUUGGCAGAGGCCAGAAUUGAUAGAAGGCAUCGGAGAAUGGCCAAGAAAGUCUUGCAUAGACAAAUAACUGUCGAUGAUUUGCUAACUGCAGAUAUCAACAACAAUGGUUUUAUUAGUAAGUCAGAGUAUAUAAUCAUGAAGCUGAAAGAGAUGGGUAAAAUACAGGAAAAAGAUGUAUUGCAAAUUUGUGACCAAUUCAGGAAGCUUGACCCCUCUAACUGUGGGAAGAUAACAUUAUCUCAUAUAUUGGAGAGUCAAUCAUGACAGAGUAAGAGCAAAUCAACUGAUACAUGAAUAUGUAUUUGUUUCAAUGCAUAAGAUGGUAAGGCAUUACUUUUUCCCCUAGAAGAAAAUGGAAAAUCGGGGAAGAUGGUGGUGGUCGUAGGUGGCUCCUUCUUGUACAUUGAUAAGCUGAAGAGGUGGUACUGUAGUCUGUACCUACAUAUACACACUUCACUGAUCAAGUGUAGCUUAUUAAGAGUGGAUAGUGUGAUGCAGGGAAUGAAUUCUUUGAUAUGAUAUGAGGUCAAGUGGGAUGAUUUAAAUUGUACAUGGACAAAUCAUCAGUUAUUAUAUUUUUUCAUUUUCUAUUCUAAUAUACUUCUCAAUAACAAUUGGUUUGGUCAUAGAUAAGUAAGAUCAUCUCACCUCAUAUCACAUAAGAACCAUACUUUAGGACUUGACUCUGUAUGUAUAGAAGUGGAGCAUGUGAUUUGUGUGUCUGAGUACAUCCAGAAGUGGGAAAUUUCUUUGGUGCUUUGGAUGCACCGUAAAUUCAGUACAUUUUCUACUCAUGACACGUGUCUUACUUUUAUUAAAUCAAUAAUAGAUAAUUUAUUUUAAAAUCAGGUGAGAGAGUGAUUUGAUAUAAAGUAAGACACGUGUCAUAAUAUGAGUGAAAGAUGUGCCGAGUUUUCAGUACAUCUCUAGUACCAAAGAUAUUUUUCCAGAAGUGACGGGAGUUAGACUCGUUGAAGUGAUGGGACGCGUAUCUAUAUUGAGUAAGCGGCUUAACUGACAUAUGAUAAUGGAAUGUUUUAGUGAUUAGUUAGUGCCAUUUUCCGAGCUGAGAACAUUGAAUUAU